AGGUCUUACAAACAGAGGACCAUGGGGUAGUUAGACUUCAGACAGCCCAAAACCCGGAAUCCCAUUCCGGUUUCACCCAUUUAAAGCAUCACGUUCUCUGGUCCCUCUGGUCAUUGAGAAAAAAUCUUUUCUCAGAGUCUUGGGGAAUUCUAAAAGAGCUGGUAGGCUCCAUGUAGGGCGUGCUAUGACAGCGUCUUUACUCCUCCAUUCCCGCUGGAUUGACCCGGUGAUGUUUGUCUAUGACAACGGCUUGGAUGAUAUGAGCAAAAACAUGGAAGGAUUUGUGGGAGGCAAUUUCGCUGCUAGCCAGAGCAGGAACCUUAUUGCCCACCCGUCUUCUUUGGCCCCGAGCACAACCUACACGUCGAGUGAGGUGCCAGGAUCGGGCAUGGGGGAGCCUGUCAAACAAUGCAGUCCGUGUUCAGCCGUACAGAAUUCUCCCAGUGCUUCUUUGCCCUAUGGAUAUUUUGGUGGUAGUUACUACCAGUGUAGGAUGCCCAAGUCCUGCACGCAGCCCACCUCCUAUGGGGAAAAAUACAUGGACACGUCUGUUUCUGGAGAGGAGUUCCCUUCUCGUGCUAAGGAAUUUGCUUUCUACCAGGGUUACCCGUCUGGCCCUUACCAGCCUGUACCGAGUUAUCUUGACGUGCCAGUCGUACCUGCGCUUAGCACCCAUGCGGAACCCAGACACGAGUCUCUUCUGCCGGUUGAAACGUACCAGCCCUGGGCAAUCACGAACGGAUGGAGCAGUCCGGUGUACUGCCCGAAAGAUCAAACGCACUCAAACACCUUAUGGAAAUCGUCUAUUCAAGACACUGUGUCGGGUACCGAUGGAGCCUCAGUGCGUCGAGGGAGAAAGAAGCGGGUUCCCUACACCAAGGUUCAAUUGAAGGACCUAGAACGAGAAUAUGCCACAAAUAAAUUCAUUACUAAGGACAAACGAAGAAGGAUAUCUGCUCACACAAACCUGACCGAGCGACAAGUGACCAUCUGGUUUCAAAACAGGCGGGUGAAAGAGAAGAAAGUGGUCAACAAGUACAAGGGCAUCAGUUAGGGUCUGAAAGAAUGAAAAACUGAAAUACCAAAGGGGUGUAAAUGGAAGGACCUUCAACAUUAUUUAUUCUGAAAUCCAUUCCAUCAUCUGUUCCGCGUCAAGAAACUAUGCGGAGAUGCGCAGGAGGGAAAAUGUGUAUUUUGCAUCCCUGUGUUACUACAUAUUGCCAAGACACUGACACUAAUAAAAGGCGAAGACACUGCUCAAGAACUGUGUACCCAUGUUCACCACUUCAUUCUUUUUAAUCUUUAAUGUAGGCCCUAUUUGACAGACGUGGGAGCAAUGUAAAUUGAAUUUUUUCAA